AUGGCUCUCUCUAGCAAAGACUUCAGGCAGCUCACAAGAAUUUCUAAGCGAUCAUUCUGCGCUCCACACGACUACAUAUACGACAACCCUAUCUUCCAUUCAAUGUCCCAGAACGCCCGGCACAAGCAACAACCAGUGUGCUGGCAGUUAGAGGUUGGCUUAUGCCGACUUGGUGAAAAUGGAAACGGCGCCAGCGUUGGACAGCUACACCGCUACUUCGGAGUU